UCGUCGAGCGACGUGCGCUUCGACGACAUCGGCGGCCAGAAGGAGGCCGUGACCGCGCUGCGCGACGUCGCGGACUUCGUGCGCGACCGCGAGCGCUUCGCCGCCGUCGGCGCGGCGCCGCCCAAGGGCGUGCUCCUCCACGGGCCGCCGGGCUGCGGCAAGACGCUCCUCGCCAAGGCCCUCGCGCGCGAGUCGAACGCGACGUUCUUCUCCGCCAGUGGCAGCUCCUUCGUCGAGGUCUACAGCGGCCUCGGCGCGAAGCGCGUCCGCGAGCUCUUCGCCGAGGCGCGGGCCCACGCGCCCUCCGUCGUCUUCAUCGACGAGAUCGACGCCCUCGCGAAGCGGAGGAGCUCCGGCGCGCCGGGCGCCGGCGGCAACGAGGAGCGCGAGCAGGCGCUGAACCAGCUCCUCUGCGAGCUCGACGGCUUCGCGACGGGCGACGAGUCCGUCGUCGUGCUCGCGGCGACGAACCGCAUCGACGCCCUCGACGACGCGGCGAUCCGGUCCGGCCGCUUCGACCGCCACGUGCGCGUCGUCCUGCCCGACGAGGACGCGCGGCUGGCCAUCCUCCGG